AAAUUCCAGUAUUGUUUAUCAAGUGAACCAACUAAGCCAUGUUUGGUGCUAACAUUCAAAGGCAUAACUAUAAUGCUGGACUGCAGUUUGAAUAUGCAGUCAAUAUUAAACUUCAUGCCGAUCCCGAUGGUACCAAGUGGGAAAUUCAACGCCUUGCCGAACUGGCUUCCGCGAGACACCCAUCACAAUCAUUACCACAGCCAGACCCCUUAUCAGCAGUAUCACAGCCAGGAGUGGAAAAUCGAAGGCGAAUUAAAGGAAUGCUGUGGUCGGGUAUUCGUAGAUUCGAUACCUGAAUUUUCGCCUCCGCUCGAGAAAAUAAUAGACUUUUCAGAGAUCGACGUGAUACUGGUGUCAAACUACACGUGUAUGAUGGCCUUGCCGUUCAUCACUGAAGCUACAGGGUUCAAGGGAAUCGUGUAUGCGACAGAACCAACGCUCCAGAUCGGGAGAUUCUUUAUGGAGGAAUUGGUCCAGUAUAUUGAGCAGACUCCCAGAACUACUUUAGCCAAGUACUGGAAGGAGAUGCUUCAUAUUUUGCCUUCUCCUUUAGCAGACGCUGUUAAACCUAAAUCUUGGAAGCAAUUGUACUCGAUGAAUGCUGUUAAUUCAGCGCUGUCUAAUAUCCAGUUGGUCGGAUACGAUCAGAAAUUAGACAUAUACGGAGCUCUAACAGUUACCCCAAUAAGUUCCGGCUACUGUUUAGGCAGCAGCAAUUGGCUAAUUUCUUGCGAGCACGAGAAAGUAGCUUACGUAAGCGGAUCAUCAACGUUGACAACUCACCCAAGACCGAUGGAGCAAACAACUCUAAAACAUUCUGACGUUCUGAUUUUAACGGGACUAACUCAGACUCCAACUGCUAAUCCUGACACGAUGCUCGGUGAAUUGUGCAUGGCGGUAGCAAUGACUCUCCGAAGUAGCGGAUGUGUUCUGAUACCUUGCUACCCUUCAGGAGUAGUUUAUGACUUGUUCGAGUGCCUGAGCACACACUUGGACAAAAUAGGGUUGACGCAGAUUCCGCUGUUCUUCGUAUCGCCGGUCGCUGAGUCUUCAUUAGCAUAUUCAAAUAUUCUUGCUGAAUGGCUGUCGACGAAUAAGCAGAACAAGGUUUAUUUGCCUGAAGAACCGUUUCCUCACGGAUUCUUGGUGAAGAAUGCAAGGUUGAAGCACUUCACCUCGAUUUGGCAGGGAGGAUUCAGCACAGAGUACCGACAACCUUGUGUGGUCUUUUGUGGACAUCCCAGCUUGCGUUUCGGCGACGCGGUUCAUUUUGUUCAGCUCUGGGGCAACAAUCCUCAGCACACGAUUAUCUUCACAGAGCCAGACUUUCCGUAUUUAGAAGCUCUUGCUCCGUAUCAGCCGCUUGCGAUGAAAGCUGUGCACUGUCCAAUUGAUACUUCGCUCAAUUUCACGCAAGCCAACAAACUUAUUCGGGAUUUGAAGCCAGAUAAUCUUGUGAUACCUGAGUGCUACACUCAGCCUCCUUACACUGCACCUCAUCGGCUUGAUCUUAUCAUCGAACCAGUAGCUCCAGAAAAACCACUUAUUACUUUCAGAAGAGGCGAAGUGACUAAACUGCCCCUGAAAAGAAGCAAGAGUCGGAUUUUUAUUGAACCUAAAUUAGCUAGCAGUAUUAUUCCGAGUCAAAUUCGACCUGGAUUGAGCUUGGCCUCGAUCACAGGAGAACUCGAGAUAAAGGAUAAUGUGUAUACGAUAAAAAGUAUUGAGCCCCAGCAGCAAUUAAUUGGAAGAGGUAAAAGAAAAAUCCAAGACGCUUCGUCGUCAGUUGACACUAAAGACAGUAAAGACGGAGAGAAUUUUAAAGAAAAAGAUCUGAGACACGAGUAUGUUUUAAUGGGUCGGAGAAAUCACACGUGUAAUAAGUGUGAUGUGUGCGCGGAUUAG